AUGGGCUGUUGCAACUCCAAAGUAGACAAACCAUCCAAAAAAAAGGCAGAGAAUUUGAAAUCUCUAGGCGAGCCACUGAAAGUAGCCGCUAUUAGUGCUGAGAAACCUAAAUUAGUCAUCCAGAAAGGCAAAGUCGGUGAAAAGUAUAAAAUCAUCAAACUUUUAGGGACUGAGAAGCAUGGCUCGUACUUUCAGGUUAUGAACGUUAAGACAAAUGUCGAAAGGUUCUUAAAAGAAUACAUAAAAGCUAAAACUAGCAAAAAGACGCUUGAGCAAGUUCUUGAGUCUAUUGAAACACUCUACGGCAUAGUAAAAUCUAAUUAGGAUCAUCCCAAUGUUGUAAAAAUCACCGAAGUAAUAGAAUCAGACGAAUCCUUGAAUAUAAUAGCAGAAUUAUGCACAGGUGGCGAGCUAACAGCCAAAAUUUCGAAAAAUAAAAGCUUUAGUGAGAAAGACGCUGCGAAGACAUUUAAAGAUAUUAUGCUUGCAAUCAGCUGUUGUCAUGCAAAUGGAAUUGUUCACAGAAAUAUAAGCACUAACUCCUCCAAUUUCAUACGUGAAGAAAUCAUUUAAAAAAUCAGCAAACAUUAGUGAGCAAGCAAAAUUACUUUAAAUUAAAUUAUAAUACUUUAUUUAUAAAUUUAUUAUUAUUAAAUUUCUAGCUAGUUCUAUUAAAUUUAUGCAGUUUGCAUCUUAGGCAUAUAUCCACAAAUUAUAUUUUUAUAAAUAAUUUAAAAGUGGAUUUUCCAAGAAAAAAAAUUUUAAAAUUCUAUAUAUAUUUUUUAAAAAUAAUUUCUCUUUAAACAAGCAAUAAGGUAUUUUCUCAUCGUGAGUGAUGAGAGAGUAAAACUAUUUUAUACCAAAAUCAAGAAAGUAACUCAGAAAUCAAGCUGGUUGACUUUUCUCUCUCCAAGAAAAUGAAGCACAAGCACGCAUUGAAAGAGCCUAUUGGAAGUGUAAAAAAUAUUUAGGUUCAAUACAUGGCACCUGAAGUAUUCGAUAAAGAGUAUAAUGAGAAAUGCGACAUCUGGAGCGCUGGAGUUGUCCUUUAUAUUAUGCUUGUUGGAAGGCCUCCGUUCGGAGGACAUAAAGUUAAUGAUAUUGUUGCUUCAAUAAAAGAAGGCAAAUUACACUUGGAUAAAUCCCAUUGCCAACAUCUUUCAGGUGAAGCCAAAGAUCUCCUCAAAAAAAUGCUAUCUGUCGACCCAGAAGCUAGAUUAAGUGCUCAGCAAGUUUUGGAGCAUCAAUGGAUAAAAAGUUACAAUAACGAUACAAUUUCAUCUAUUCCCUUAACUGAAGAAGUUUUUGCUCACUCCUUGCCCUUGGUUAGUGAGAAAUAAAAAAUAGUUGAUAAUUGAUAUGAAUUCCUAAAAUAAAAUUUUUAAAAACGAAAAUCUGAUUCAAUAAAAAUUUUUUUAAAGCACCCGAGUAUUUAAAAUUCAAUAUAACUUGCUUGAAAUUAAUUUUUUAUAAUUAUUUAUUAUAUAUUACAAUAUAUAUUGUAUCAAAAUUUUUUGGUUUAAAUUUUUCCGGAAAAAAGGGAGUUUCUAAUGGCUUUGCUUGAUAAUUAAUGGGGAAGUCAUUUAAUUAGACACCACUCUGAGUCGAAACUGUCAGAUGCCUUGUUUUCCUUUGUUGCGACUCAAAUUUCUGACUCAGCAGAAGAUAAAAUAUUAGAAGAGCAAUUUAAGGCUAUGGAUAAGAAUGGAGAUGGAAGACUUACAUUAGAAGAAAUUGAAAGUGGGCUAAAGCUUUUGAGCCCAGGGACAAAUGUAGAUCCGAAAAAAUUAUUUUCAGAAAUUGAUAGAGACCAUAGUGGAUUUGUUGGGUACACUGAAUUUAUGAUGGCUUCGAGAAAUUGGAAGAAGACUGUGCAAAAAGAGGAACUGGAAAAGGUUUUCCAAAGCUUGGAUAUUGGGUCUGAUGGGCAGCUUGCUUUAAAUGAUUUCAAAAACAGUUUCCCUGGAAUUGAUAGCAGUGAAUGGGCUGACUUCUUCAAGGCUGCAGACGCUAAUCAAGAUGGGUUAAUCAGCUAUGAAGAGCUCAAAGAAUAUUUAAUUUCAAGAGCAUAA